ACAGGUACAAGAAGGCACUGAGGUCUUCGAGGGCCACAUCAAGGCUGGCACCAUCUCGCCCCCCACCACCACUAGCAGCAGCCCUUUGGCACCCUCUUCCCACACCCCCAUCACGCCUGUCCCAGAGGGCGGCGCCCCCACCUCUACCCCAGUCAGCACCACCACGCCCACACCCACGCCCAUCGGCCUGCCCAUAGCCAGGAUCACCCUCACACGCCCGCGAGCCUCCGCUGCCCAUUCCGGCCUCUACACCUGCACCAAUACCUGCACAACACCUGUUAAUCUCACGCUUCACGUGUUAAUAGGAGACGAAGAGACGGCCGCUAUGCAGCACUUGAGCGGGGCGUUGAGGCUCCUCCCGGCGGUCGGUGGUGCCAGCGCUCUUCUCUUUCCCCUUAUGUUAUCGUUUUGUCAUCUGGUGUCUUGA